AGGGGGGAUGUGAGCCAGGGGCGCGCAGUGGGGGGGUUUGUUCGCUACGUCCUUACACCACACCACAGGGAUGGGGCAGCAGGUAGGCCGCGUCGGUGAGAGCACAUCGACCGGACUCCAGCCACCGCAGCCCCACGCGUCCCAACCGCACCAAGUGAAGGGGAACCGGGGGAGCGGCGCCGGGAGGAGACCCCGGGAACCCGGCAGUUGCACCGGGACACCGCCGGGCAGGACGGCUGCAGUCAACGUGCCCGACCCGAGUAUCAAUGUCUUCACACUGCAUUCAGAGGCGGUCCGAUGGAGCUCCAAGGAGAACCUGCUCGGAGCGGCCGAGAGCGACCCGAACCUCUUCGUUGCACUUUAUGACUUUGUCGCCAGCGGAGACAACACGCUCAGCAUCACCAAAGGUGAGAAGCUGCGUGUGCUGGGCUACAACCAGAAUGGAGAGUGGAGCGAGGUGCGCUCCAAGAACGGCCAGGGCUGGGUGCCCUCCAACUACAUCACGCCGGUCAACAGUCUGGAGAAGCACAGCUGGUACCACGGGCCCGUGUCGCGCAGCGCCGCCGAGUACCUGCUCUCGUCCCUCAUCAACGGCAGCUUCCUGGUCCGGGAGAGCGAGAGCAGCCCCGGGCAGCUGUCAAUAUCCCUCCGCUAUGAGGGGAGAGUGUAUCACUACCGGAUCAACACGUCUUCUGAUGGAAAGGUGUACGUCACGUCCGAGAGUCGUUUCGCCACCCUGGCCGAGCUGGUCCACCAUCACUCCACCGUAGCCGACGGCCUGGUCACCACCCUGCACUACCCUGCGCCCAAAUGUAACAAGCCCACGGUGUACGGCGUGUCCCCCAUCCACGACAAGUGGGAGAUGGAGCGCACGGAUAUCACCAUGAAGCACAAGCUGGGAGGCGGCCAGUAUGGGGAGGUGUACGUGGGGGUGUGGAAGAAGUACAACCUCACGGUGGCUGUCAAAACACUCAAAGAGGAUACCAUGGAAGUUGAAGAAUUUCUGAAAGAAGCAGCAGUUAUGAAGGAGGUUAAACACCCCAACCUCGUUCAACUCCUAGGCGUGUGCACGCUGGAGCCUCCGUUCUACAUCGUAACGGAGUACAUGCCUCACGGCAACCUUCUGGACUACUUGAGAGAUUGUGACAAGGAGGAGGUGAACGCUGUGGUGCUGCUCUACAUGGCCACACAGAUCUCCUCUGCCAUGGAGUACCUGGAGAAGAAGAACUUCAUACACCGGGAUCUGGCAGCCAGGAACUGCUUGGUCGGUGAGAAUCAUGUCGUGAAGGUUGCAGACUUUGGCCUGAGCCGGUUGAUGACUGGCGACACCUACACGGCCCACGCCGGGGCCAAGUUCCCCAUCAAAUGGACGGCGCCAGAGAGCCUCGCAUACAACACCUUCUCUAUCAAGUCUGAUGUUUGGGCAUUCGGGGUGCUGCUCUGGGAAAUCGCCACCUAUGGCAUGUCUCCAUACCCUGGAAUUGAUCUGUCUCAGGUCUAUGACCUCCUGGAGAAAGGUUACCGCAUGGAACAGCCUGAGGGAUGCCCACCCAAAGUCUAUGAACUCAUGAGAGCAUGCUGGCAGUGGAGCCCAUUGGACCGGCCUUCGUUUGCAGAGAUCCACCAAGCCUUUGAAACAAUGUUCCAUGACUCCAGCAUCUCUGAAGAGGUGGCAGAGGAGCUCUGUAAGACGGCCUCCUCCGGUCAGUGCGGCCCGCUGCACCCUCUGAGUCACGACAUGCCCCUGUUGCCUUCCAAAUCUCGCACACCCCACAAGCACACAGAAAACAAGGAAAACAUUGAAGGUGGAGUGGACGGACGAUCCGACCACAGCACGCACGGUCACUCAGAGAGAACCAUGCCAAGCUGGGCCUCCACACUGCUGGGUGGGGAUGGCCGGUCAGGCGGCUCCCCGGCUCUGCCCCGAAAACAGCAGCCGCGGGAGAAGUCUCCGGGCGGCCUACUGGAGGACGCGCAGGAUGCGGGCCCGUUUACGCGAGACCGCAAGACUGGCUUCUUUAGCUCCUUCAUCAAGAAGAAGUCCUCGUCCUCCUCCUCGCCGUCGUCCCAGCUCCAACAGAACCUCCCCACGCCACCCAAGAGGAGCAGCUCCUUCCGGGAGAUGGAAACGCAGCCGCACAAGAAAUACGAGCCCACCCCUGAUUUCAGCGCUCCUCCUCCCCAGCCCCAUUCGGACGGUCUCGGGGGCUUCUCCUCCUCAUCCUCUCCCUCCCACUCCCACUCCCACGGAGAGCCCGCCCAGCCGCAGUCGCGGUGCUGCGGCGCCGCUUUUGGCCAAAAACCCUCCGGCGCGGGGUUCUCUUCACAGGGGGCGAGCGGCGGCGGCAGCAGCAGCUGGAGUGGGCUGGCGGGUUUUUUCACCCCUCGUCUCAUCAAAAGGACCCUGGGGCUACGGACAGGAAAGACGGCCUCCCCGGAGGAGGCGGGCGCUAUGGCGGGAGGGCCGAAAGCCUUCCCCAGGUCCAAUUCUACCUCCUCAAUGGCAUCGGGGCUGCCGGACCUGGAGCGCAUGGCUCUGACUCUGCCCCGGAACCGCAGUGCGAAACCCCCGCUGGAGAGGACCACCUCGCAGCCGGAGAACGGCGCCGCGCGGCCCUCAGAAGCUCUGCUGAGGAGGAUGGACGAGGGGACCGCGCAGAUCAGGGAAAGGCCCAAAGCCAAGCUGUUACCCCGAGGCGCCGCCGCCGCAGGGGUGAGGGCACCCGGGGUCGGAGGGGAGGUGGGGGACUCUGAGAGCCCGUCCCGGGUCAAGGAGGGCAGGGAGGAGGGCGGCGGGGCCCUGGACAGGCAGCAGAGUUGGUCAUCUCCCGCCAAGGCUUCCAGCUCGAUGGCGUCGUCGGCCCCCGCUGCGGGGGCGCCGACCCACAACCACAAGGUCCCGGUGCUGAUCUCCCCCACGCUGAAGCACCACAGCCCGUCCGACGUGCACCUGGUGGGGCUGGACUCUCAGGGGAACCGCUUCCGGCUGCUGUCCGAGCACCAAGCGGAGCGGGACCGGCCGCGGCUCGUAAAGCCCAAGUGCGCCCCUCCGCCCCCUCCCACCCUGCGCGGCCUGCAGCAGCCGUACAGCGGCGACGGGGAGGAGCAGGCGGCGGGGGCGCCCGCCGAAGUGAACGGCGACGCGCCGAGAGGUCACAGGUCGUUGCGAAUGUCCGGCGGAGCGGCGGCGGCGGCGGCAGCGGGCCGACCGUCGGUGCCGCCGCCGCAAGUGCCUCCCGUCGCGACCUCUUCCUUUUCCCCGUCCUCCAACGCCACUCCCACCAAGAUGGCCAACGGGGCCGCCAUCACCGCGGCCGCCUCGUUUCCUUCCUCCUCCUCCUCCUCCUCCUCGUCUUCGCACGCAGCGUCGUCCGCGGGGUCCAAAGUGGCCCUGCGGCGGACCCGGCAGCAGGCGGAGAGGACGCCCCUGGAGCGGGUCAACCGCAUGGCCCUGCUGGAGUGCGCCGAGUGCCUGAGCAGCGCCCUGCACGCCACCUCCGAGAGCCCCUCCAGCAGCCAGGUGCUGGACGCCGGCCACCAGCUGCUAGACUACUGCUCAGGUUACGUGGACUGCAUCCCUCAGAUGAGGAACAAAUUUGCCUUCAGGGAGGCAGUGGGGAAGCUGGAGCUCAGCCUGCAGGAACUGAGGGCCUCGUCCUGCGGGGGGGGCGGAGUGCCGGGCGGGGGGGGCCCCCCCACUGUGCAGGACAACCUUCACAGCUGUAUUAAAGAGAUUAGUGACUUAGUGCAGAGGUAGCCACUGUGACAGCAUCAACCCGUCGGCCCCCUAACUGCUAAUAUUCCUCUUUAUGUUCCUGUUUUUUUUUUACAGCUUUUUCACUGGGGCGAAAACAAAUGUUUUUAAGUACCUCAGAGAUAUCACUACAAAAUGUAUUUGUUUUACUGUUUACAAACAAGUGUUGCGUAAGAUGCCUGUGUGGACACUGGUUUUGCUCUCACCUAAAAGUAUUUAGAACAUUUUACGGCAACCUCAAUGCCAUAUAAGCCCCAGCCUGACAUCGUUUGCCCCCCUCGCCUCCACCUUGGGCCGUGAAAAGGCCUCCUCGUUAAAAGAAUGUUGAAUGUGUCCAGCUGUGUGAGGUCUGACCAGAGAUCAGGCAAAGUCCAUCCGUCAGUGCGGCUCUGCUCGGCCUCAUGAGAAUGCCAGACUGACUAAACUGUUUUCACAAGGGAGGGGAUCCUGAGUUAGGGGAACUGCACAGUAGAGUAUUUUUCUCGCCGUGAGGGGAACUAAGUGAUCAUAAGCCAUUUUUAUUUUUUAGUUGAAAGCCAUUAUAUUCUAAAGGAUGGGAGACAUCGAGAUGUGAGAUGAUUCGAGGUUAUGAGGUCUCAUUCUCAUUUCACUUUUGUGAUGGUAUUUUUAAGCAAAUUAACAUGAAAAAAACCCCACCUCUCCCUCUAAACUGCUAAUUUGACACUAAAGCUUUGUUUCUGAGAGUAAUCGAGACAUUCCCAAAAAACACUGAUGGGAUCACUUGGAAACGGCAUCCUUCCAAGCCUGUAAAUGUGCUCAAAUGAGCCGCCAAGUGUCACCAAACACAGGCGCAUGAAAUCUAGAAAAGAUUCAUUCGAUUCCCCAAAACAUUAUAGUGAAUGUGGGCUGUUUUUCUCACAUGCGAAAAGCGUUUGUCCUCGCUUCCUUAACACAGUGAACGGGGGAUCCCCCACUCACCUCAAGCAUUUCAAUAUUUAUGUCCUUGCGCACUACAUUUCCCCCUUGUAUGAUGGAGUAUAAAAAGGACGGGGGGGGGGGCGCGCACAGGGUAGCGCAUGAGCAGGUGAACUGGGACAGUAUUUCUAAAAGUGUCCUUCUCCGUAUGGACCGUGCUGGAUUCCCUGUCGCCUUGUGUCCUCAGUGCCUCGAAAUUCUUCCGCGUGUGAACACUGCGCGACGCAGAGACCUACUUCACACUAAUCACACGAAAAAAAGGAAAAACGGCAGUAUGUCUUCAGCACAUGAGCGAUUUGUACAUUAUUUGGUUGAAAGAAAAAUGCUUCUUAGAAUGUCUACGUCUGAACUUGAAUUUUAAAUUAUUCCUGAUUUUAUUUCUUUUCUGUUAUUAAAAGCACAGACCUAUUUUGGGAGAAAAGUUAUGUAAAUAUUUGAUUUCAUAUCCAGGAAACAAAAGAUGUAUGUGUAGUUACAGCAUUGAGAGCAAUGUUUUUGACUGAGGAGACGUAUUGGGAGACCUCGGCUCAACCACCCUGAUCUGAAUAUCUGCUUGAUGAAUGUAUUUUUAUUCUGUUCUGAACUCAAACGUUCAUCUGCAUGACUCUUUAAUCUUUGACGGUGACUUUUUAAAAAUUAUUUAUUAUCUUUUUUUUUUUUUUUUAUUGGCCCAUAUUUCAAUUUUGGUUACACUAAAUGAGUUCAGAAACAGCUGCUCUGUUUUUUUGAGCACAAACAGAACUGUGUACAGCGCACACGCAACAUGCUUUGGCUCACAACUUAUUGUACACUGGACGAGGCCUCAGACACAUUGUUUCGUUGACACAAGUUCCAUAUGAGUACGACAAAGUCGAUUCUGUAAACACUGCGCAUCCAGAGCUCUUUCAAAAUGCCUGUUUAUGACACUUGAUGGAUUGCCAAGUAAAUCUUUUGUCCUUUGUGUUGUGUUGCGUUUUUACAUUGUCAUUUUAUGUUUUUUGUGUCAGUAUUUAUGUCUAUUUUCUUGCCAAACAGGACCCUUUGAGACAAACUGAUGACUUCUGUCUAUUCACUGUGAGUUUCAAAUAACAUGGAGGAAAAAAUGCCAUCUCUUCUUUCAUGAUUCUUGGUGCCUUUUUUUGUGAACAAAUCCUUUAUGUACAGUAUCACUGCAAGAAUUCAAAGCUAUGGCAAUGUUAGUGAUUCAAACAUUUGUGUUUUCUGUCCUUUGCCAUGAGAUUGUGAUAAGCAUAUCGCUACAGCAUGCAUUUCUGUCAUUUGGAGGUUAAUGGUCAGAUGCUAACUGAAAAACCAAAAGGUGCACUUUGACAUGUAGUUAGCUACUUAAAUGACACGCGUUUGUGCCGCAUUGAACCGAAGCUGCUGUGUCGUCACAUAUUCUGAUCACAACAAAGGUUCCCGUUGAAGAAAAAAAAAUCUUUUAGAGUUUCUGAGCAAAUGUUUCCUGUGGACGUGUGUAUAGUGCAUCUCAAGAAAGAAGCCUUAUUGAGAAAAAUGUAACCUCCCAGAAUCAACACGUUUUCAGUCUGGACUGUUUUUAAGGAAAUUAAAGAUGUCGAUUUUUAAACAAAAAGUUGAUUUCAUACAAACGUUUUUUUCUGAAAUCUGAUAUCCAAAAACAGACGCUAGUCGAGAUCUCAGCCGACAACAAAUUUCUGCUUAUUCUCUCUCAGCAGCCGUGUUUAUUUAUGCUGCCGGCAUUUAUCCUGUAUGUCUGUCAUUUUGUUUCUGCCGUCUCUCUUUUGGAGAACAGCUCUGGAGAACGUGUGCACGCAUCUUUAUACCAAAGGCCACUUCUUCAGUUGUACGAGUGCAAUCUAAAGCAACACACAAACAAUGGAGUAUGUGACUUCAAACAGGGAUAUAAGGGGCAAGAGAUGUUAACAUUACAUUUUUUUAUUGUCCAAAAUAUAUAUUUUGUGUUUAGGUUUUUUUUUUCUUCAUAUUUUAUUUAAAGCUCACGUUAUAUUACUGUGAAGUUUUGCUCAUCAGUGUUAAGCCUAUUGUAAAUAAUAAAGAUAUUGAUGAAUACUGA